UCGGUUGGAGAAAAUAUCAUCCAACCAACCUUUUUGCAGGCGAGCAAACAAAGCCUAUCCGCUCUUUCUGAAACAAUGAGACGUUUCAUUUCAAACGCGUUUCAGCCCCGAGGAAGAGGCAAAGAGACUAUUUCAAAAAUCCCGACUACGCGAGUACCCCAGGAUUUCAUAGAUGCUAUGAGACGUAUAGCGGGACCAUCAGACAUGACUGCUGAGACUCAACCAGCCCAGAAAGCUCCAUCCUCAGUUGAUAAAUGGAAGUCUUCAUUCAAACCAAUUGGUGAAGAAGAUGGAGACUCUCAGGACCAAAGCACAAGUUACAAAGAAAAGCCUGGACUUUACGACCCUUAUGAACCUCUGUCAUCAGACUCUGAAUCUGAGAUGCCACAGGAUCAAGACCACAACCUCUCCCCGCCCAUUGAUGAUAACGAUGGGGAGCAUCAGUGUUUUUCUCCAGUGAGAGGCUGUCCCGACGACCAACACUGGGACUCAUCCUACUCUAAACCAGGAAGUGGACCCUUAGACAGAGACUUUAGCACUGGAACCAGACCUGCAGAAAUUCCAGGUCUCAGUCCAGUAAUUAGACAGCCUGAAGAACAGAUUUACAACCCAGAAGCUGAAUCGCUUCAUUGUUUCGGCUCCUUGGGUGAACCAGUGGACCAGAGAGGUGGUAGCCCUGACAGGCUUAUUCAUGCCUCCUCCACAUUUCCUACACCUUUUGGACAGAGAACCAAUGGGGAGAAGAUAACACUACCAGAAUAUAAGCUAGAGACCAUUAGAUUAUCCCCACCGAGGUUACAGGACUAUCACCAUAAGGUGGGCUAUAUGAAAAAAGGCCUGGACCGAGACCUGCCAUCCACAAAGGUGACAAGGAAUAUGCGCAAAACUGUAAUUAUGGACAAGACAUCCAUCUUUUGUGACCUUUGUGAGGUUGAGCUUGCCAGUGGGCAGGAGCUGCAGGAUCACUUGGACAGCAAAUGUCACUGGGACACACUGGAGCACAUUCAGCAGAAUAAUAAAUAUGAUGAUCUAAUCAUAGCGUUCCUUCAGGAAGUGAUGCUGUAUAAAAGCCAUCAUUGUAGCCAAGCAGUAGAGGACAGCACACUUCAAACGCUGCAGGAAAAUCACCACUUGACAAAGGUGGAAAUGUUUCAUUGUGCUGCUUGCAAAGUAUACAUAUCCACAUCUGUAGCUGAAGUGCAGGCUCACAUCACCUCUGAGGAACACAUCUUUUGCACAAAGGAGUUUGAAGUGCAUCAGAGACAUGCUUGCCUCAGCAAAGCAGAAGCCAUGAUGAAGGAGCUAAAACCACAGUUUGAACACUUCCUGAAGGGUGGCAGCCCAUUUGAAUGACAGAACUCACUGGAUGUUGUCGUAACGUCGUUCACACCGAGGUGCUGUACACGUCGGAUGAAGGGACAGCUGACUUUACCAUUCCUUAACGCGCACAACUGCUGUCCCAGUACUGAGUGUAAUGCUAACAGACAUGCUGUUGUGGGUCUGUGAACACAAUACAGCUUUUCUUUGUUUAUAUGUAGUUUGCCAUUUCACAGCUGCCUCAUGUUACGUUGACUCCACCUACUUCCAGAUAAUCUGCAUCUGGUUGCCUGUAGAAGAUCACAUUUGCAGUUUUGUUAACACUACUACUUUGUAAUUUACACGUCAAAUGUGCUACUGUUUUAAAAAACAUGAAUGCAACAAUAAUUUGAAAAAAAAAAAAGUCAAGCUUGUUUCUUUGUCUUUU